GGUUUAACGGCGAAAUCAUUCUUUACCUCUCGUCCGCUUUCUCGCUUACGGACGGCGAAGUUACGCCUACCACAGCCGGCUACGGCGGCGUCUACGGUCGGCACGGGGUUCCGUACGCGGUGGCGGCGACGGUGCCGGUGAGGAAGCAAUGGAUUUGGCAAUUCCAGAUAAUGUGUUAGUGGAUCAGGGAAAAGCUGAAGGUAAUGAUGCUGAUAUGGAGGAUUUCAGGCAUCAUGUGGAUGAAAUCUCCACAAAGGUUGAUAAGCUUGAGCAAACACUGAAUGAGGUAGAGCAGUUCUACUCAACUACUGGUAAGAAGCAAUUGAAUACUUCCAAAGGCACCUCAGUUGCGAAGGACAAAGAUAAGCAUAUUGCCAAUUUCAAGAAGCGGCAGCAAGAUGCAUCACUUAGAGAAGCAGCCGCAACAAAGAGAAUGCAAGAACUCAUGCGCCAAUUUGGUACAAUAUUACGCCAGAUCACCCAGCACAAGUGGGCAGGACCUUUUAUGCAACCUGUAGAUGUGGUAGGCCUUGGUUUGCAUGAUUACUAUGAGGUCAUUGAAAAACCCAUGGAUUUUACUACCAUUAAAUCCAAAAUGGAGGCCAAGGAUGGUUCUGCCUACAAAAAUGUCCGGGAGAUGUGUGCAGAUGUGAGGUUGAUAUUUAAGAAUGCAAUGAAAUAUAAUGAGGAAAGGGAUGAUGUUCAUGUGAUGGCCAAAACUCUAUUAGCAAAAUUUGAGGAGAAGUGGCUACAACUCUUGCCAAAAGUUGAUGAAGAGUUCCUGCAGGAAAAAAGACGAAAAGAGGAAGAAGCAGAAGCACAGAUAGAUAUGCAGCUUGCUCAAGAGGCUGCUCAUGCCAAAAUGGCGAGGGAUUUAAGCGAUGAGCUUGAUGAAGUUGACCUUUAUCUGGAAGAACUGAGAGAAAUGGUGCUUCAAAAGUGUAGAAGGAUGACUACUGAAGAAAAAAGAAGACUUGGGACAGCUCUUACCCGUUUGUCUCCGGAUGAUCUACAAAAGGCGCUGCUGAUCGUUGCUGAGAAUAACCCGGGUUUCCAAGCAACAGCAGAAGAGGUUGACCUUGACAUAGAUGCCCAGAGUGAAUCCACAUUGUGGAGGUUGAAGUUUUUUGUGAAGGAAGCACUGCAGGUUCAGGGGAAGAGUGCGGCAAGUACGGGCGAUACCAACCACAACAAUGACAACAACAAACGGAAAAGAGAGAUUUGUGACGCUCUUGCGAAGACUUCUCAGAAAAGGAGUAAAAAGCUUCCCUAGUAUAUAGGCUGUUCGAGAUUGCAGUUGGUGUAAAAUUUUCCAAUUUUCCUUUUCGCUGUGUGUAUUAUUUUCAGUUGAUUGUCCCGAACGGAACUAAUUUGAUCAGUUCCUCGGAGAGACACAGUACACAAAUUUGGUUAACAAGUGUCUACAACAAUAAUUUUCGCAUUUACAAA